AUGGCCCCCGUUGCUCUUCGAGACGUCGCUGAGAGCCCUGAGCUCGAGGGCACUCAGAUUGUCCCCACCAAAAUCACCUCAAUUCCUUCUCUCAACCAUCCCUCCCCUCCUUGUCUCGUCACCGACUUCAUCAAGUACCAAGUCGAAUCCAACCCCGAGGCUCCAGCCGUCCAUUGCGAGCAGGAGCAGCCCUACAGCUAUGCAGAGCUAUGGCAACUCGUCCUCCAGAUUGCGAAUGCGGGCCAAUUCCGCUCUGGACGGAUCAUCCCUCUCUGCAUGGAUCCUUCGGUCGAGUUCGUAGCCACCGUGCUGGCUAUUCUGUGGUCAGGAUCUGCAUAUGUCAUCCUGGAUCCAGAGGGCUCUGCGCAGCGUAACCGUGUCAUCGCGGCCGAUUGCGGGGUGGAGCCGGUGGUUGUGCAUGAAAAGUAUGCUUUGCUGUUUGACGAGAGCGUCAGCAUUGAGAGCAUCCGCUCCAGCACCCUGCCCUUGGAGGACCUCAGCUCUCCCACCACCAACUCAUCAGACCUGGCGUACUUGAUCUAUACCUCGGGGUCAACGGGUACCCCCAAGGGCGUCCUCCUCAGCCAUCGCGCAGUCUCUCACGGCAUUGACCAGUUUCAGCUCAACGGCCGCAAGCGGUGGCUGCUCUUCUACAACCCCAUCUUCUCUGCUGCUCAGAGAACCAUCCUUGCCACCUUGUCCAAGGGAGCCUGUCUCUGUCUUGCUAGACGAGAGAGACUCGCAACCGCCCUCCCCGAGGUGCUCAACAAUCUGCAGAUUGACGCUUUGGGCAUCACACCCUCCGCCCUGGCCUUGCUGUCUCCCGGCGAGGCACCAGACUGUCUGCAGCAAAUCACCACCGUCGGCGAACCACUCAGCCAGACUCUCGUGGACACUUGGGCAGACAAGGUCCAUCUGCGCGUCUCCUACGGUCUCAGCGAGUGCGCCCAACUGAACUUUUCCCGUCGCCUUCAGCCAGGCGACAACCCCCGCAACCCCGGCCGCCCAGUUGACACCACCACCGCCGUCAUCCUGGAGCCCGGUACCACCACUCCCCUAAAAAUCAACGAACCGGGCGAGUUGUGCCUUUAUGGCCACCAGGUCGCCAAUGGCUACCACCAACGUCAGAAAGAGACCCAAGCGGCCUUCAUCAAGGCCCCCGAGGGGAACCCUGGCAUGAUGAUGUUCCGCACUGGCGAUCUGGCCGUGGCGCGCGAGGAUGGCACCUUCGAGAUCCUGGGUCGUAUCGACCACCAGGUCAAGAUCCACGGCCAGCGUGUGGAGCCCGAAGAAGUCGGCGCGAAGCUCGCGACGGUCGCCGGCGUGGCUGGUCUCGUCUGCGUCGGAUGUUACAUCAACGAGCGCAUGUCUCUUGUUGCCGCCGUGGUUCCUGCGCAGGACGCUGAAUGGGGCGCGCUGGUGCAGAGUCUGCGCGAGUCUGCGCGCCAGUCGUUCCCGCCCUACAUGGUGCCGAGCUACUGGCUGUCCUGUGCAGAGUUUCCCGUCAAUCAGAACGGCAAGGUCAACUUCCGUGCUAUCCGGGAGCUGGCUGAGUCGACGGAGAUUGGACAGCUGCUGGGCCAUGGCGCCGCGUCGAAGAACAUCGGUGAUGGGUCGAGUCUGAGCGAGAUCGCCUCGGAAAUUGCACAGGUCUGGGCGGAGGUCUUGCACUUGUCUGCCUCCUCAAUCCUGCCUACUGACUCGCUUGUGGCGCUGGGCGGCACCUCCAUUGACGCCAUCCGGGUGAUUCGUGAGCUCAAGCAGCGGGGUAUCCAUGUUGAGUUGGCCGACAUGCUCCAGGCACAGCCCAUUGAGGAGAUUGCGGAUAUGGCUCAUCUGGACUCUUCUGCCACCCACAUCAAUGAAUCUGCUGAGCCUUUCGCUUUCAUCUCGGACGAGGGCCUCAAGACGGAUCUACUCGCUGACCGCGGGGUCGUCGAUGCCUAUCCAGUCACGGCACUGCAGGAAGGUAUCCUUGCCAGCACCUUGCAGGGUAACCAAGAUUACCUGUAUCAGCGCAUCUUUGACAUCCGCCACCUUGACCCGGUGCGACUGCAGCUAGCAUUCCAGGUUGUCUUCUGGCGCAGCGAGCUCCUCAAGUCUACCUUUGCCACUGCCGCCAAGGGCUUCGCACAGGUCGUGCGCAACGAUUUCAACCUUCCCUGGUCAGAAGUCUCCAGCGGCCCAGGAGAGUAUCUCAAGGCCGAUAAGGAAAGAGGAGUCACGCUUGGGGAACCCUUCGUCCGCGUUGCAGUGCUUGACGGUGGCAUUCUGGUUGUCUCCGUGCACCACGCCCUCUUUGACUUCUGGUCCCACGGCUUCCUGUUCGACGAUGUCGCGGCCGUGUACUAUGGCCGGCGCCCUGAGAAGCGCCCAUCGUGGAAGUCUUUCGUUGCUCUGCUGAGCUCCCGAGACACGAAAUCGUCCCAGGACUUCUGGAACGAGCAACUGGCCGAGGCUGUUCCAACCGUCCUCAACUGGUCUCCCGCCACACAGACCACUACUGUUGCGCGGACCAUCGGCCGCGAGAUCAAGUCCGCUGCCUCCGCACUGCAUGCUCCGACCAGUGCCAUUUUCCACGCCGCCUGGGCCCUGGUUCUGUCCUCGCACAUUUCGUCCAAAUCCAUCACGAUGGCCACGGCUGUCUCGGGUCGGGAACUGCAUCUGCCAGGCAUCGAAGCACUCAAUGGACCGACGCUGGCUGUCGUCCCUUACGCCGUGAGCAUCGAUCCUGAGCACACGCUCCAGCAGCUUGUGCAGUCGGUCAACGCAAACCUCUGGCAGGUUAUCAGGCACUCGCAGUUCGGAGUGCGCAAUGCGCUGGCCGCUGCUGGACGCCAGAAUACCACGCUCUUCGACACCAUGGUCAAUAUCCUGGUGAGCGAGAAGGACAAGGAUGAUAUCUCCAAGGAGGUCUUCCAGCUGUAUGGUCAGCGGCCCGUGUGGAGGACUGAGUACACGACCCUCAACAUCGAAGAGAGCAGCGCCGGGAUUGAUGUCACGCUCACGUCGCCGAUGGAUGCGCGCCGUUUGGAGUUCAUUAUCGACCAGUUCUGCCUGGCGUUGAAUCUCAUCGCAUCCCACCCCCGGCAGACCGUCAAGGCCACUAGCCUUGUAAGCUCGGCGGAGUUGCAGUUCCUGCUUGAAUCAAACAAUGAGCUCCCAGCUGCCACCCGCACCCUCCACGGUCAGUUUGAGGCCAUGGUGCAGACAUAUUCCGACCGCGUCGCCAUCAACUACCAGAACGAGGAAUUCCUCACAUAUGCCGAAUUGAACACUCGGGCCAACCGCAUGGCCAACUAUCUGUCCGAGAAGGGCGUUGUCGCCGGCGACAUCGUCCCUCUGCUCCUGGAAAAGUCGCCUCUGAUGAUGACAGCCAUCCUGGCGCUGUUCAAGCUGGGCGCAGCCUAUGUGCCUCUGAGCCCGGAGAACCCCCUGGAGAGAAACGCGUACAUUGCUCGGGACGUCAACGCCAAGUUUGUGCUCACCGAGACCGAGAACGAAUCGUACUUUGCCUCGGAGACCGAUAUCCCCAGCAUCCUUGUCGACAAGGCCCGGCUCUGCGCCUACGGCCCGGAGCCACAGCAAGCGCCCGUCGCCCCUGACGCACUUGCAUACCUCCUCUACACCUCGGGCAGUACCGGUCUACCCAAGGGUGUCAUGGUGACGCACGGCGCAUGCGCCGCGGCGAUGCAGUCAAUCAUCGACUUUGAGAACCGUCAGGGCCAGGAGUCGAGAAUGCUGCAGUUCUCCAACUACGUCUUCGACGUCUCGCUGUACGACUUUUUCGUCGCGCUGCACAGCGGCGGCACACUGUGCAUUGCGCCGUCGGAUCGCCUCCUCAACAACCUUGCCGAAGUGAUCGACGAGAUGGACGUGAACCAUGUCUUCUUGACCCCCACUGUCGCCCGUCUGCUGAACCCCAGCGAUGUCCCGAAGCUGCAGUCCAUGACGGUCGGCGGCGAGCAGCUGACCCGGGAUGUGGUGACCACGUGGGCUUCGCGGGUGAGCCUGCGCAACGGCUACGGGCCCACCGAGGCGUCUGUCCUGGUCACGAUGAAGGAUGUGGACAGUGACACGAUUGGAGGCAAUAUUGGUCGGCCGCUUGCUUCGGUCGGCUCGAUUAUUCUCGAGGCGGAUGGCGAGCGUGCGGUGCCUUAUGGUGCUGUUGGAGAGCUGUGUUUUUUUGGACCUCAGCUUGCUGAGGGUUACUUCAAGAAGCCCGAUGUCACCGCUGCCGCUUUCAUCGGCAGUGAGGUGCUACAGGGUCAGCGCUUGUAUCGCAGUGGUGAUCUUGCCAGAUACCUUCCCGGCGGAGAUAUCGAGUGCCUGGGCCGUAAGGACGACCAGGUCAAGAUCAACGGACACCGCAUCGAGCUCGGAGAGAUUGAGCAGGCUUUCCUCCGGACUGGUGAGGUCAAGGACUGCAUCCUCACCGUCUGGAAGCAGAACAGCACCGCGCAUCUUGUUGCGGUGGUCGUCUUCGAUGGCGCCGCUUCGGAGGACUCCAGUACCAUUCUCUCUCUGCAGGACUACGCGGACCAGGCACAGCAACUGCGCGCAAACCUCACGGGUCUGACGCCAUACAUGAUUCCCAAGGCAAUUGUUCCUCUCGCCUCCCUGCCUCGACUCCCCUCUGGAAAGGCGAACCGCAAGCAGCUGAAGGCAAUGGUUCAGGGCUUGAGCCAAGGCGAGCUGACCAAGUUUUCCUUCGACAAGAUCGGCGUCUCUCAGACCAAGGGAGCAGUCGUGCCUCUUGUCUCCGAGACGCAGAGAGUGCUGCAGCAGGGAUGGAUUGAGGUCCUCCAGCUCCCCGACGACGAGUUCGGACAGGAGGCCGACUUCCUCAGCCUCGGUGGUGAUUCCAUCGCUGCCAUCAAUCUUGUCAGCUGGCUGCGGCGCAAGCAGCUCAAGGUCUCGGUGCGAGAUGUUCUCAAGUAUCCGCUCCUGGCAGCCAUGGCCGAGCAGCUGAAGGGAGAAUCACUUGAAGCGAAGCAGGUGCCGCAGAAGACCUUUACGCCUCCGGCGGAGCUCGGUGCUGCUAUCUCCUCGUCUGGCCUGUCGCAAGAGCAGUAUGAGUACGUCUACCCGUGCGGACCGGGACAGUCCGAGUUCCUCACACAGGGUGCCCAUCCUGAAGCGCUAUGGAGUCUGAUGGCUGUCCGGAACGCUGGCGAGAACUUUGACGCAAAGGAGUGGAUUGACCUUGUGCGCCAGCUGACGGAGACCAACGAGAUCCUGCGCACGACUUUCACUCGCUGCCAAGGCAAGUGGUAUGGUGUUGUUCUCCGCGAUGCUACCCCGGUGGUGGAGCUGUACGACGACGUUACCAGCGAGGAACAACGGAAGCAAAUCAUCGACUCCAUCGGCGACCAUCGCUUCGUCUUCGGCAAGCCCUUCAUCCGCUACGGCAUCCUGCGUCUCGCCAACGGCGAAAGCCACAUCGUCACCAAGCUCGACCACGGCCUCUACGACGGCACCCUCCUGCGCGUCUUCGGCGAGCACUUCGAGGCCUACCAGCGCGGCGUCGCCCUCGAGCGCUUCACCCCCUUCAAGGACUUCACCGACCACAUCUGGCAGACGGACAAUAGCAGCACACUCUCCUUCUGGGCGCAACCCGACAAACGGCCCAUCCCCUUCCAGUUCCCCAUCACCGACUCCACCAACACCCUCGAGCCCCGCAUCAACUCCGUCUUCGUGCACACCAUCAACCUCGAGUUCGACGCCUUCGCCAAAUCCACCGGCGCCACCGUCUCGAUCAUCUUCCAGUCGAUCUUCCAGCUCUGGCUGGCGCUGCGCAGCACCCAGCGCGAUGUUGCCUUCGACUACCUCUACACUGGCCGCAACGUCGACCUCCCCGACCCGCAGACCAUCAACGGCACCUGCGCCAAUUUCCUGCCCAUGCGCUCCGACGUCGACCCGCAGAUGCCCGUGCAGGAGUUCCUGCGCCAGACCCAGGACGAGUUCUGGCAGUACACGGAGAACAGCAACGUGUGGAUGGACGAGAUCCACGACGCCUGUGGCACGACCCGGGAAGGUUUCGCCAACAAGACGCUCUUCCUCUUCCAGCCCUUUGAGCCGGUCGUGGGGGCGACGGGCAAGCAGUACCAGAAGUGGGUGGUGAUGGCCAAGUCGGAGGUGACGAUGCCGCAGCCGUAUGCGGUGGUGUUCGAGGUGGUCAAGACGGCGGAUGUGAAUGGGUAUAAGCUCAAAUUCGCCUAUGAUAAGAGACUGUGGGAGAGAGCGCAGGUGGAGGAGGAGGCGAAGGUGGUGGAGAGGAUGCUGGCCAAGGUCAUGGAGGACCCGAAUGCGUCCGUGGGUGAUGUUUUGGCUUCGUUUCGAGCAUGA